ACAACUCAAUCAUUGUCAUGUAUUAGUAAAAUGAUACAUUCCCUUGCGCAUGUACGAGUUUUGAGUGGUAAUUAUUUGGAUGCUAUGCUACUUACUAACUCUUGAUGGCUUCGCAGAUAUGGAAGAGAAGGUACAAUACAUCCUAAAGCUCAUUGAAGAAGAUGGAGAUUCGUUUGCCAAAAGGGCAGAAAUGUAUUACAAAAAGAGGCCAGAACUGAUAACUUUUGUGGAGGAAUCUUAUCGAGCUUUCAGAGCCUUAGCCGAACGCUAUGAUCACUUGUCAACAGAGCUGCAGAAUGCCAACAAUACCCUUGCCACACUCUUUCCAGAUCAGAUUCAACUAGCAAUGGAUGAUGAGGAUGAUUUUUCUUCUCCUAAACUACCAAAAGGUUUUCCACAAGUUCUAAAUGCAAAUGCUCCAACAGUUCCUAAGGUUCCAAAGGCUCCUAUAAGAGAUUGGAAGGGUCUCAUUAAUGCCUCAAAAAAUUUAAAAGCCAAGAAGUUGUCAAUAGCAGAUGAGGCUAAGAGGACAGAUGCUAAAUCUGGUUUGACCAAAAGUGAAGCUUUUGCUGAGAUUGAUAAGCUUCAGAAAGAUAUUUUGGGAUUGCAAACUGUUAAAGAGUUUGUGAAGAGCUCCUAUCAAAGUGGCCUUUCAAAGUAUUGGGGAAUUGAAAAUCAGAUCAUGGAAAAACAACAAAGAGUCUGCAGCUUGCAAGAUGAAUUUGGUGUAGACAAGGUCAUUGAAGAUAAUGAGGCUCGGACAUUAAUGGCUGAAGCAGCUCUCAAAUCAUGUCAAGAAACCUUGGUUCAGUUGCAGGAGAAGCAAGAGAAGUUUAACCAAGAGGCAAGAGAGGAAUACAAAAAGAUUGAAGAUGCUCGUAAGAAACUCAAGUCCAUCAGGCGGGAGUUUCUUCACGACCAAACUAUUGAUGAAGAGGAAAAGGCGAAUGAAAAAGAAGAUAAAUCUGCAACAGCUGGAGAUAAGGCAGAAAGGUCGAAUCAAGAGGUUGGUGGUGCAAUCAAAGAAAUACAGGUGAAAGGAAUUGAGGUGGGCUCUUUGGGCUCUCUGACGGUUUCACAACUAGCAGAGAAGAUUGAUGACCUUGUUAACAAGGUGAUCAACCUAGAAACUGCAGUGUCAUCUCAGACUGUUCUUAUAGACAGGAUGAAAACAGAAGCAGAUGAGCUUCAUUCACAAAUCCGGGUAUUAGAGGAAGACAAAGCCAACCUGAUUCAUGACACACAGAAUUUGAAUACCCGGGUGAAGAAAAUAGAGGACAAGUUGCAUGGUAUCCAAGAUCUUAACCAAAAUGUUGAGAAGCAAAAUAACCACCUUCAGACAAACUUUGCUGAGGCAAGAUCUAGUCUUGGUCAUCUGUCGGAGAAGCUAAACAGUGUGAAACCAGAUGAAGAAAUAGAGAUUACCACCAUUACAACAGAGAGAAGUGAUCCAGCUAAUGCUGUUGAUGAUGCAGAAUGCAGAACAUCAAACAGUGAAGACAUAAAGGACAUCAAAGAACAGGAUUCUGGAGAAUCUGUGAAUGACCAAGGGCAAGAAGGUCAUAAGGCUGCUAAGAAGACCGUGACAUUUCAGAAUCCAAUAGCAAAGAUAAGAGUUGAUGAGAACAAUGCAGCCAAAAAAGGAGAUCUUUCCUCAGCUGGAUCAAAAGUAGAGACAGAGAAAAAAGAUGACUUCAACUGGCAACAAAUGCUGCUGAGCGGAAUGGAGGAUAAAGAGAAGAUUCUACUGGCAGAAUAUACAACAAUUCUCAGGAACUAUAAGGACACCAAGAAGAAACUGACUGACAUGGAAAAAGCCAGGAAUCAUCAAUUUGAACUGGCAUUGCAGAUAAGAGGAUUGAGGGUUACAGUUGCAAAGAGGGAUGAAGAAAUUCGAUGCUUGCGAAAGAGGUUGGAUGCUCAACAAGGUGAAGGUAGGGAUGUGAAGGAAGAUGAUCGAAUCCUCAAACCUGAAGCAGGAAGUACUAAGGAUUUAGCAUCAGAUGUUCCUCUGGUAGACAAUGAAGAUGAAGCUAUAAAGUCAAUCCUAAUGGAACAGCCUAUGGUCAUGUCACAGGUUGAAGAAAAACUCAGGAUGGAGAUUGAUGCAAUAUUGGAUGAGAACUUGGAUUUCUGGCUAAGAUUUAGCACUACAUUUCAUCAGGUGCAGAAAUUCAGAACCACAGUCCAAGAUUUGGAGCAAGAAAUAUCAAUUCUAAAGGAAAAAAAGAAGCAAGAGGAGAGCGCCAGUGACCUGAAAUCUGAAGUCCGACCAAUAUACAAGCACCUGAAAGAAAUCCGGGCAGAAUUAACCGUGUGGUUAGAGCGAAGUGUAGUGCUUAAGGCUGAACUUGAACGGAGAUUUUCAUCAUUAUGCAGCAUCCAGGAGAGGAUCACAACUGCUUUAAAGGAAGGUGUCGAAGACGAAGAAAUUAGAUUCUCCAGCCAUCAAGCUGCCAAAUUCCAAGGGGAGAUUUUGAACAUGAAACAAGAAAACAACAUGGUAAGCGCGGAGUUGCAAGCAGGCGCGGAUCAUGUAAGUAAACUGCAAACGGAAAUUGAUAAGACCCUUAGGAUGUUGGACGAAGAGUUUGAGCUUACUGUGAAUAAUCAACCACAAUUAACCCAUACAGCUAGUCGAUCAAAAAUUCCAUUAAGAUCAUUUAUCUUUGGAACUAAACUAAAGAAGCAGAAGCAUUCCAUCUUUUCAUUUAAUAGGAAGUAUCAGACCCUCAGAGCUGGGCUACCUCUGUAGAUCUUUGUAGUAGUUAUUGUCUUUUCUGGAUUCUUUUUUUUUUUUUUCCCUUUUCUCAUCCUGGAGAUUAUUACUGUAAGUAAUCUGCGGGUAGAUAAAACUUUUUUUUUCCCUCUUCCAGUCAGAAAAUAUUGUUGGACUGUUACGUCUUGUAAGGUUAUGCCCUGUAAGUUUGCAUGUGUGAAAUGGGAUUUUUGACCA